GGGGCAUUCUGCAAUGUGGAAGACCCUUGCGUACAACAAGGCGGUUCCUGAGCCCAAGGCGCCCGAGUCCACCGACCCAGGGGUCUCCGAGGUCGCCCCGAAGGACGUCCCAGAAACUGUGGUGGGGAGACUGCAGAAAGUUCUCGAGUACUUGAACUCGAUUGCAAACCACGCUGCGGUCACUGUGCCGCAAAUCUACCAAAAGACGGGCAUUGAUCUGGCUUCGCCUGGCGAGUACGAAGUCUGCGAUCGGGUGCGAAACAACCCAAAGGUCCGGAUUGAAGGGGACAAGAUUGCGUACAAGGCCAAGUUCGACAUUAAAAGCCGCAACGACGUCCUUCGACAACUGAAUCGGUCUCCUGAAGGCAUACCCUUUCGUGAUCUGAAGGAUUGCUACAAGAACGUGGAAGACGACCUCCGCGAUCUCACGCGCAUUGGGACCGUUAUCUGCAUCCGCAACACGGAGGACGGCAAUGACGUGUACUACCCGCGUGGGGCCCAAUUCCUUGUCGAGUUGUCGGGGACUGGUCUGGUCGAGCACGGAUGCUACAUGGUGGCGACGAAAGAAGAUAUCACGAACGAAGUCCGACGUGGCGACGCUGUCAAAGUUGGGGACCACUGGUUUCGCGUAUCGGCAGCACCCAAGGUACGUUUAUGGCAACGAUGCCGUUGCAAUGUCCAUUCGAUAUUGCAUGAAGCAGCAUGGUUGAUGUGCUUUAUUCAUGUACUGCGACUCAACUUGAUGUCGACCUGCUUUUGCCUUUGUUUCAUUCGAAUCACGAUGCGCGAGCCAGACUGGCGGCGGCAGCUCCCAGCCGCAAAUGUUUAUGGCUGGGAUGGCGUCCAAGAGCGUAUCGUCCGUGCGCGAUUUGAAUUUGUCGGCCACCAAGAAAACACGCUACCAUUUGAACUUUGACGCGGGGCACUUGCCGCUCGAUACCGCCUAUCCCGAUCCUCGGGGAAACGUGUCCAUGCUGCAGCGCUGGGAUGCCGCACCAAAACCUGGUCGUGGACUCACGGUGCCUCUCCUAAAGCACGGUUGCACGAACGACGUGCGGCAAUUGUGGCGUGAUACCUUGCGAGACUGGCCAGCCGAUCGGCUGUCGUUGGAGAGAAAGCUGCUGCAAUGCGGGCUCAUGACGCGAGAUAUGCACGAAGCCAACUUGCAUCGAUCGAAAAUGCGCAAGGUCCACGGCAAAGGCAACAAAAAGGUUAUGCGACAGCGCAAGCAACGCGACAUUAAGAUCACCAACACGCACUUGGUCGGGACAGCCCUCGGCGAAGCGCUUGCCAAAGGCGGGAACGACAGCUUUACUCUCGGGUCGACGCAGUACCAAAAGUCGUAAUAUCCAACACCAGCCUCGACAACGCAUGCUGCAUUUUCUCUCGAAAUCUUACGUCCAACAGUCAGUUCGCUCGAGGUUACGUCGAGCAGUCUUGUGAAGGAAUGCGAACGGAUCGACGGGGAUUCGUUCACAUUCAGAUUACCCGAAGCACUUGGAGCCAUCGUCCUGGCGUUUUCGUGCGACAGGCUUUUCAAAUUGCAAAACGCGUCCAUGCGUGCCGCACUCAUGUGCGGGCUCUCGUGUCUACCUUCCGUUGACACGAGCGUAU